AGUAAUUGGUCCAUAACGGAGCUGCCUGCCGAUUGUCAAGAGAUCUUGGAUGCUGGUCAGACAACCAGCGGUGUGUAUACCAUCCUGGACCACUACGCAUGUCAGAUUAUGCAGGUCUUCUGCAGCAUGGAGCCGGAGUCGGGGAAAGGAUACAUAGUGUUUCAGAGACGCCUGGACGGCUCGGUGAGCUUCAACCGAACCUGGCAGGGGUACGCCGAGGGAUUCGGAGAUCUGACCGGAGAGUUUUGGUUGGGCAACCAGAAGCUGCAUAGUCUGACUCGUAACGGGAAGUGGGAGCUGGUUAUCACUCUGAGGGCAUACGAUGGGGACGAGGCCCGUGUUCGUUAUGGGUACUUCUUAAUGGACUCGUCUGAGCUCAAAUACGGAAUUCAUUUAUCUGGCUUCAGUGAAGAGAGUGGAGAUGCAGGUAAUUCACUCCGGAUUCAUCGUAACGAAGACUUCUCAACUCUAGAUAAAGACCAUGACAACACCAACCGGCAUAACUGCGCUGAGAAAUUCCACGGAGGCUGGUGGUACAACCGCUGCGGAAGCUACACCAGCAGGGACUUCAAGAGCAACCUGAACGGCUUGUACUACAACAACGCAACAGUCGAUGAUUACAUGGGGAUACAGUGGGUCACCUGGAAGGGUAAAAAUAUCUCUCUAAAAGGGUGUGAAAUGAUGAUACGACGCGGACCGUAACCGGUGAUCGAAAGGAUUCGUUUUGAAAGAUAACAAUGAACCUAGGGGUGGUAGUGGGGGCGACAGAUCUCAGUUUGGAUUAUUUUGGCAAAAAAAAAAAAAAGACGCCAUCUUCUAAAAACAUAUUGGGGUUUUUCGUUUAGGAAAAUAGUUGAAAGGAGUGGGCUGGGAGGAGGCGGUAUAAAAAA